AUGGCUGCUGCUGCUCAAUCACCUGAAGUGCUUCAACUGAGCGAGACUAUCGACUACACUGUCAAGCACCCUCUUCAAAACACUUGGACAUUGUGGUUUGAUAACCCUGGAAAGAAGGCCAGCGCUCAAUCUUGGGCUGACAAUUUGAAGGAAAUCAUCAACAUUGACACUGUUGAAGACUUUUGGAGCACUUUCAAUAAUGUAGCCAAGGUCAAUCAUCUCGGCCCUAGUUCCAACUACCAUCUCUUCAAGCAAGGUAUUCGUCCUGAAUGGGAGGAUGAGGCCAAUGCUGAAGGUGGCAAAUUUGGUAUUCAAUUCCCCAAGAACAAGGCUGGUGAUGCCAUUAACGAAUAUUGGAUGUACCUUCUUUUGGCUGUUAUUGGUGAGCAAUUAGCUACUGAUGAAGAGAUCUGUGGUGCUGUUAUCUCUGUUCGCAAGUCUUUCUACAGAAUCGCCUUGUGGGUAAAGACCUCUGAUGAUGAAGAGAAGAUUGAAAAGAUUAGCCAAGAACUUAGAGCCACUCUCAAUCUCGCUGAAGACAUUCCUAUCGAGUUCACUGCUCAUGGUGAAUCUCCUGCCAAGGUUGCUGCUGCUUUGGCUGCUGCUUCUCUUGAGGAGAAUGCUGCUGCCGCUGAUGCCACUGCUGAAGCUAAGGCCAACACCGAAGAAACUGAUUCUACUGAAGCUGCCCCUGCAAAGACCGAAGCCUAA